AUGGGCAUCGUGAAGCCUCGCAGCUCCCAAAAAUCACGAAACCUCCUCUUCUUGUCUUUGGUCCUCGACCGUUCAAUGCCAUCACGGCUCAAGUACGGGACAGCAGGAUACGGGGGAGGAGUGGCACCGCGUUGCACCUCAAAUUCACAAGCUAAGGUCUGCUGUGAGAUGACGCACGGCGGCUUCAGUGGAGGCCACCACGGCUUCAGUGGAGGCCACCACGGCUUCAGUGGAGGCCACCACUGCCACCAUCACCACACCGUUCAGACCCACCAUCACCACACGACCCGCCAUCACACUACACACCACCAUGCAACAACGCAUCGUCACGACCACAGCAGUUACCGGUGGCGAGAUCACACUGUCCAGCACCACCAUCAUCAUGGUCAUGGUGUGGUCCACCACCGGCACCAUCGACAUCACAGCCUGCCUUGGGACCUGCCGAUUGCAUUCUUUGCGGGUCCUUUGGCGCCUGCGUCGCGUGCACCAGUGCCAAAAGACAUGCUGCGACCCAGACAGCAAGAAAUUGUUGUAGUUGGUGGCGGCGCUUCUCCUGAUCUUCACGGCGCGAGCAUCUGUCUGCCGAGACUAGGCCUCCAUGCCUACGACAAGGUCGUGUAUUUCGAAGUGGUCGUUACUCCCGAAAACGGUGCCCCAUGGCAAGUGCUGCGUCGCUACAACCACUUCCGGGCACUGGCCAAAGAUCCUGCCAUCUCAGCCGUCUUUGCCGGCGCAACUAGAAGCUUCCCAACAAAGAUUUGGCACACGCCCAGCCGUGAAGAGCUCCAGGAGCGUCGGUCUCGCUUAGAAGAGUGGCUGAAGGCGGCUCUGAUCCAGGCAAGCCCUUAUGGUGAGCUGCCCGUGGCCCUGCGGAAGUUCUUGCUGCUAGGGCGGACUCCGAAGUUGCCGGCAGCCCCAGCAACGGGCAAGCUCCAGGACUCUAUUCUGUCCUUUGCCGCGGAAGCCUUUGACAAUACGACCGCUUCUGCACCACUUGCAGAGGGCGGCGAUGAUGGCUUAGAGUUGCUCCACGUUCCGAUCCCCGCUUCGCUGGGCCCGGAGGACUUGCUUCAGGUGAAAACACCGGAUGGGAAAAUCAUCGUCAUCAGCAUCCCAUGGGGCCUAGCGCCUGGUGCGACGCUGCAGCUCUGGUGGGACCAGGCGGCCGGUACGCUGGGAGUCCACCACCGGCAAGACUGGCAAGCACUGCGAGUGCAGAAGUCCUUCCAGACCAGAACCCAAAGUCUUCCUCAGGAGAUGAAGAUGACGUCGGCAGAGUCCGUGAGUCGUUUUCUCAUAUCCAGGAGAGCUCUGACAUACCCGUUGUCGGUUGUGGUAUGGCUUUCAGUUUCGAGCAAGCAACCGGGAUUGAAGGAUGUAGAACUUCGGGUUCAUCGGUAG